GGGGGUUCUUUCUAUAGCCUUAAUGAUUUUCACGGGGCUUUGGCGUUUAUUCUAGGCAAAACGAGUGGAGAAUCAUUCACUGCUCCUGACGCGUAACGCUGCCCCUACACGCCUUUGGUCAUCGCCGCCGGAAAAGGAUGAUAGGCUUGAUUAUAUAACGUAAAUUAAGAACAAAGUAUCCUGAGAAUCCACAGUGAAGAAAGAGAAGGAGGCAAACUAUGAUCCGAGGAUGAUUUCUGCUAAGAAAACUCCGGAGAAGAGUCGUUAUCCUAUCCACUAUUUGGUGUGGCACAACAAACACCGACAGCUGGAGAAAGAGCUGGCAGCGAACGAGCAGACUGAUUUAGAGUCUCUGGACCCUCGUGGUCGGACACCUCUCCACCUGGCUGUCACACUGGGCUACCUGGAAUGCACCAAGGUCCUGCUGCAGCAUGGAGCUGACGUUAGCAAGGAGAACCGCAAUGGAUGGACCGUUCUUCAGGAGGCGGUGAGUACCAGAGAUCUAGAACUGGUGCGUCUCGUGCUUCGUUACCGUGACUACCAGAGGACUGCCAAGAGACUGGCGGGCAUCCCCGUCCUGCUGGAGCGACUGCGCCAAGCCCAGGACUUCUAUGUGGAGAUGAAAUGGGAGUUUACCAGCUGGGUGCCCCUGGUGUCUCGUAUCUGCCCCAGCGACACGUACAGAGUCUGGAAGAGUGGUCAGUGUCUCCGCGUUGACACCACCCUGAUGGGCUUUGAACAGAUGACCUGGCAGAGGGGAAACCGGAGCUUCAUUUUCAGGGGACAAGACUCCAGCGCAGAAGUGAUGGAGGUUGACCAUGACAGGCAGCUGGUGUUCUGUGAGACCCUGUGCGUCUCGUCUCUCACGGCGCUUUCACCGGGCCGGGCGAAUGGGGGCGCCUGCAGCAGCACCGCUGCCGGUUUGGGUCUUCUGGGGGCGAUGCAGCCCAGUGAUGAGCAGGUAGCAGCCAGGCUGUCUGCCCCUGUGGUGACCACUCAGCUGGACACUCGCAACAUUGCCUUCGAGAGGAAUAAGACGGGUAUCCUGGGCUGGAGAAGUGAGAAGACUGAAAUAGUGAAUGGAUACGAAGCCAAGGUCUACGCAGCAUCCAAUGUGGAGCUGAUCACUAGGACCAGAACAGACCAUCUGUCAGACCAGAACAAGAACAAGACAAAAGGUGGGAAGACUCCGCUGCAGAACUUCCUUGGUAUUGCAGAGCAACACAUGGGGCCUAACAACGGGGCCCUGGUGACCCAGAUGUCAAGUCCUGCUGUGACCAACCCCGCAGCGCUGACGGCCGAGGAAUACUUCAACCCCGGCUUGUCACAGACUCAGAGGGACAUCGGCCACCCGUGCCAGCUCACCACCAAGACCCAGAGGUUUAAAGCCAAGUUGUGGUUGUGUGAGUCCCAUCCUCUGUCCCUGGCAGAACAAGUGGUGCCUAUCAUCGAUCUCAUGGCGAUCUCAAACGCCCUGUUCGCCAAGCUGCGCGACUUCAUCACUCUGCGCUUGCCGCCUGGCUUCCCCGUCAAGAUCGAGAUCCCUCUCUACCACAUCCUAAACGCCAGGAUCACCUUCAGCAACCUGAACGGCUGUGAGGAGGGGACGGGCGGCCGCGUUGACAACGACGUCGGGGUGGAGGGGGAUGGACAGAGAGACAACCCAAGGACAGACACCCCAUCUCCAGGCAGCGACUCCUCCAGUGUCUCCAGCUCCAGCUCCACCAUGUCGUGUCGAGCCGGAGAAAUUCCCCCAUGUGUGUUUGAGCCCCCGCCUGGAUACACCAUGCUCGGUGGCAAACAGAGAGACAGCAUGAGGGAGGAGGAGGAGGACCUGCUGCAGUUCGCCAUACAGCAGAGUCUUCUGGAAGCUGGCUCUGAAUACGAUCAGGUGACCAUCUGGGAGGCACUGACCAACAGUAAGCCAGGAACACACCCCCUGUCCUGUGACCCAAGUCGACUGGAGAGGACCCCCCAGCACAAGCCCCGCCCCCCCACCAGCCUCUGCUCCACCCCCUCCAAGAAGCAGCCGACCACCUGCAGCUACGACGAGCAGUUGCGCAUCGCCAUGGAGAUCUCAGCCCGGGAGCAGGAAGAGGCAGAGCUGCGGCGGCGGCAAGAGGAGGAGGAGCUACAGCGCAUCAUCCAGCUGUCACUCAUGGAAAAAUGAGAGCUCAGUGGCCCAGCGGGGUGGGAUGGGAGGGGUCUGGACCAAGGACACAUGGGAGAAAAGGGCGAAAGGGGCUACUUUGAAACUUUUAAGCACACUCUGUAAGUGGCAGGAAAUAAUAAUCGUCUUAGUGAUUUCAUAUGAUCAAAUCACCGUCUCCUUUCUCUCCCAUCGCCUCACCAGACCUCUCCCAUGAAGCCAUGGGGUGAUGUGGCUGUCCAGGCCUCAGACAGCCAGAGGGGGACGCCGAGUUUCCUCUAGCUGGUGCCACACGGUACUUUUCUUGACCAGUGCCAGUUUACAACCAACAAUAUAUCCAAUACAACAAGUUCCGAAUGCCUCCUUGAAUGAGUGAUUUCUGUCUGUUAUCAAGUGUGUGUGUGUGUGGGUGUGUUUCAAAACCAGCUCUCUGCACAGGGGUCAACAGGUCACCUUCUGCCCUGUAAACGUAGUGUGUUAGGCCAACUCUCCGCUCCAGCACUAACACACACGCUCACCGAGUCCUUUUGCCACCAAGUUGUGUGGUUUCAGUCCUAACUGUGAUUGUGUGGAGGGAGCAGUGACGAGUCAGGGCCGGUGGUGUGGAGAAUACUGUAACCUUCUUCAUUAACGGUUGGUCAAGUUGAAUUGAAUGUCCAAAAAAAAAAAAAAAAAAAAGAAAGAAAAAGAAAACGAUUUCCUCAGUUUUUAAUGAGAAACAUUACAAAAAAAAAAAAAAAAGGACUGGUACAUUUUUGUUUUUGAUUUGCACAAAAUCCAGAUGUACUGUACUUAGCUUGUGGGUGGAUCACAUAUAUGACUGUUAAUGGAUGUAGAUGAUGAGUUUGAGCACAAAGUAAACUCGGGCCAGCUCUAGGUUUAGCCUGACGUGUUAGGAGCACAGAUACAUGAUGAGACGACCAGAUGAACAUUCGGUGUGCUGACCACGCUGUGUGUGAAUGUUAAUGAGUCUGUCGCAGGCCUGGCUGUAAUCCAAUCAAUAAAGGGACAAUGCUUGUGGUUUGUAAGUGGAUUGUGGAGUAGAAAUGUAACUGAAAGAGAUUUUCUGUAUAUUUGCAUCUACUCACCUUACAUGAGCAGAUGAUUCCUGUGUUUCUGUGUAGUCACGGUACAGUGUGUGUACAAUAUUUCAGCAUGGUCUGCACCCGCGUGAGGUACGAUUUGUCCCGACUUGAGUCCAGCCUGGAGACCUGCAAUAUCAGAGGAAGAUCUCUGAGGGAAAAUGUUCCCCCUGCUGUAGAGGCUGACAGCAGACAACACACAACAUGCUGGAAACAAAAAGUGUCAGAUCACCCAAAACAUCACAAACAAACAAAACAAUAGCAAAAAUAAAUAAAUAAAUAAAAUUACAACAGAUUGGAAAGAUUGUUCAAGUCCUGGCUCUCAUGACUGUAAGUAACUUAAUAUUGCAGGCCUCGAGGCUCGAUAAAGACCGGGAAACAUGUUUUAUUGCAAGAGACAGGGGGAGAGAGGACCAGCUUGUUUUUGUUUUUUCCUCCCUUUCUUUUUAUAUUAUUUCUUUGAAAGAAAUGUAAAACUUUCACACUCCGAUAUCAGCACAAACUGAGGAGAACCACCUCUCUCUCCUCUGUAAUUCCUAGUUAAGCUUGCCUGGUUGAUAAGAAAAAAUAUUCAUUUUUUUACUUUUUAAAAAAUGUUGCAGCAGAGAGAUGCAGCCUGAUGUUUUCAUGGUGUAU